UCGGCUUGGCUUGGCUUGGCUUGGACCUGCACGUCGCAUCCACUUGUUGUGUUCAGAGCAGUUGUCGCUAUUUAGAGACAUCAACAUGGCACACGGGCUGGCUCGAAAGGAAUCCGGCGACCCGUUGAUGUCCAAAUCAGACGACAACAGGAGAACUUUCUUGUACACAAAAAAGAGGGGCUAUGAGGUUACCCGAAACCCUCACCUCAACAAAGGCAUGGCAUUCUCCCUGGAAGAACGUCUGCAGCUGGGAAUCCACGGCCUGCUUCCUCCAUGCUUCAUUACUCAGGACGUCCAGCUGUUAAGAGUGCUUAAGAACUAUGAAAUGAAGAAAGAUGACCUGGAUAGAUAUGUGUUUUUGAUGGGACUCCAGGAUCGCAGUGAGAAGCUCUUCUACCGUGUGGUUUUGUCCGACAUAGAGAGAUUCAUGCCUAUCAUUUACACUCCCACCGUUGGCCUUGCUUGCCAACAAUACAGCGUGAUAUUUAGAAGACCGAGAGGUCUAUUCAUCACUAUCCAUGACCGUGGCCACAUUGCAUCAAUACUGCAGAAGUGGCCAGAAAAUGAUGUCAAGGCUGUGUGUGUAACUGACGGUGAGAGGAUCUUGGGCCUGGGAGACCUUGGAUGCAAUGGGAUGGGAAUUCCAGUGGGCAAGCUGGCUCUGUACACAGCGUGUGGAGGUGUCCCACCACAGCAGUGCCUGCCUGUCCUGCUUGAUGUGGGCACAGACAAUGAGGCACUUUUGCAGGAUCCACUGUACAUUGGGCUCAGGCACAGGAGGGUGCGAGGCCAAGCAUAUGAUGACCUACUGGAUGAAUUUAUGAAGGCUGUGUCAGACAGAUAUGGAAUGAACUGCCUGAUUCAGUUUGAAGACUUUGCCAACGUUAACGCUUUCCGUCUGCUCAGCAAGUACAGAAACAUGUACUGUACAUUCAACGAUGACAUCCAAGGGACCGCUGCAGUAGCUGUAGCUGGACUUUUGGCAGCGCUCCGCAUCACCAGGAGCAAAAUGAGUGACCAUACUAUAGUUUUCCAAGGUGCAGGAGAGGCUGCGAUGGGGAUUGCUGAGCUGAUUUCAAUGGCCAUGGUGAAAGAGGGCCUUGCAAAGGAAGACAGUUUAAGAAGGAUUUGGAUGGUUGAUUCCAAGGGCCUCAUUGUCAAGGGUCGAGAUCACCUGACGCACGAGAAGGAGAGAUUUGCUCAUGAGCACCCACAGAUGAAGACCCUGGAGGAUGUGGUCCGUGAACUGAAACCCACAGCUCUAAUUGGUGUGGCAGCUGUGGCUGGCGCCUUCUCUGAGCAGAUUAUCAGGGACAUGGCAUUCUUCAACAAUCACCCCAUCAUCUUUGCUCUCAGCAACCCGACCAGCAAAGCAGAAUGCACUGCAGAGCAAUGUUACACAUUCACAGAGGGGCGGGGCAUCUUUGCCAGUGGCAGCCCAUUCAACCCUGUCACCUUACCUGACGGGAGGACGCUGUACCCUGGUCAAGGAAACAACGCCUAUAUCUUUCCUGGUGUGGGCCUCGGUGUCACCGCCUGCGCUAUUCGACAUAUCAAUGAAGAUGUUUUUCUUACUGCUGCAGAGACUCUUGCUGACCUAGUGACAGAGAAGGACCUUUUAGAGGGAAGACUGUAUCCACCUCUCAGCGACAUCAGGGAGGUCUCUCUUGUGCUGGCAGUCAAGAUAAUAGAAUAUGCCUAUGAGCACAACAUGGCCACACUUUGCCCGGAGCCCUCUGACAAAGAAGCAUAUGUGCGCUCACUAAUUUUCACCACUGACUAUGAUGACUUUACUGCGGAGUCAUAUCGCUGGCCAGAGGAAAGCAUGAAAAUUCAGUCAUGCAAACUUUGACAUUGUGAGCCUCUGAGAAGCCAUUAUCUUCCAAACACACAGGACGGAGGACCUGUCUACAGUUUAUUUUUCCUGAACUGUACAAGUGUGAAAUUUAUGGUAAACAACACUGGCCUGAGAGCACCACGGAUUUUUUAUGCUGCUGAACAGAAUUUCCACGCUGUUUUGGGCAUUACUUUCCCGACUAAUUUUCCUGGUAGUUGAGAUUUACUCAUUAAUUUAAUGUAAUAGGGGUUAUUGUAGGUGGAAUAGAUUUUCUUCAUCAGAAUGUCUUAAAUAUGAACCACAGACAUAUUGCAUUGCAGUGUGCAACCCUAUCUAAUGCACAAAUUCUGUGAAAUUUUACUGUUAAUAUUACUGUAUUUGCAUGAUGCCAUCUACUGUAGUAUGUGAAAUUUUUUAGAAUAAAAAUAGUUUUGAAUGUU